CUGAGGGGUUUGUUUGCGAGACUGGACGUUCUUGUGCUUGUAGAUAGUGUUAAGUAAUGGGCUGCUGCCCUUAGGUCGUUUUUUUUUUUUCUCUCGAUCGUUCGUUACGCCGUGUUCAUUUUGCGUAACCAGUGGCUCUGUGUACCAGUGCAAGCGCUGAGGCGAAAUAGGCCUCGACGAUUUUCGGUGCUAAUAAGCUUCAGCUGGGUGGACUAUUGCUCGGCACAGCAUUAAUACGCGUCGCUCAGCUGUCUGCUUCAUUUGGCCGACGCAACAAGGCACAGCGCUUGGUUUCCCGGGUCGUUGCUCGCGGUGCAGCGCUUGAUGUGAGCGGUGUCGGCGCCGAAGGCGCUGCCGUGUUGACACCGAGUUUUCGGAGUGAAUCAGCUGAAAUGUCGGACAUCAAGGCGCUGGAGCACCCGACUCUCAAGGUGCCGUACGAGAUCCUGAACAAGAAGUUUCGUGCGGCCCAAAAGAUCAUGGAUCGGGAAGUGUCGCACGUGCAGAGCGGGGCGGCCGAGUUGGAAAAAAGCCUGCGUGGGAAGGUGCCCGCUGGUCAGCUGCGCACUCAACUUGGCUGCUUGCUGGAGAAGCUGGAGUUGCUGCGGCGUAAGAGCGCAGAGAGCAUUACCGAGGAGUUGGAAGCCGCGGCGGCGUGCAAGCGUCGCGUCGAACAUCUCAAGGGCUUCGAGGCUGGCGGCGAGCAAUGGAAGAGACAACGUCUCGACCGCAUGCUCGUGGAGCACUUGCUGCGUGCGGGUUAUUAUGGCACGGCAGCCAAACUUGCAGAGCGCAGUGAACUGCGCGAUCAGACAAAUAUGGACUUGUUUCUCGUUGCAAAGGAAGUUGAGGAUUCGCUCGCGAGCCGCGACACUAGUAAGUGCCUUGCAUGGUGUCACGACAACAAAUCGAAGCUACGAAAGUUGCGCAGCACACUCGAGUUCCAGUUGCGGCAGCAAGAGUUCGUCGAGCUGGUGCGUCGCGACCGACGUCUUGAGGCCGUGCGGCAUGCUCGGCGUCACUUCGGCGCGCUCGAAGACGAGGCACAACUGGCCGAGGUGCAGCGUGUGAUGGGUCUGUUGGCGCUGCCCAAUAUUCGACCACCGGCCGGUCAAUGGGAGCUACUUAGCGAAAACCGCUGGAGCCUGAUGGCCGACAGCCGCUGGGACCUCCUCAGGCAGCAAUUCCGCCAGGAGCAGCUGCGCUUGUAUCAGCUGAGCAGCUGUUCAGUGUUGAUCGUGACCCUGCAGGCCGGCCUUUCGGCGCUCAAGACGCCGCAGUGCUACGACGAGAACCAGCGCAACCCAGACUGCCCUGUGUGCAGCCGUCCUCUCAAUUGUCUCGCGCUGGGCCUGCCGUACGCGCAUUGUUCGCAGUCGCGCCUCGUCUGCCGCAUCUCUGGCCAGCCUCUCAACGAGCACAACCAACCUCUGGUGCUGCCCAACGGCUUCGUUUACGGCGAGCAGGCGCUGCGUGCGAUCGCCCGUCACGGCCGUGUCACCUGUCCGCGCUCUCGCGACUCCUUCGAUUUGCGGGAAGCCGAGAAGGUCUACGUCAUGUGAGGAGCGAAGCAGUGGAUGCUUUGAGCGCUUGUCCGCAUUCAGGACAAAGAGGGUGCAAGUGCCUACUGUGUGUCGGCCAUAUACACAUAUAAUUUAAUCAGUGACAUGGUAAAUGUAGCCUUUCAGUUGCUGUGGAAAAACUUCAGGGGAGAAUUGUGCGUGGUCAAAUAUGUAUCAUUUUUUAUAUGAAGCUAGACCUAGGCAAAGCACAUUCUCAUUUGAGAAUGGUGUUAGGGGCAUAUUUUCAUACACAAGCUGCUUUGUGUGCUCAGUUUGGUUUAUACUAGAUCUGCGUGCGUGGUUAUUUUAUUAAACAUCAAAUAUUGCUGUCAGGUAUUGUAGAUGUGACCAAUAAAGUGCCACAGUGGUUGAAGAGCCAUGAAGGAAAAA